ACAAUGAAAGCACUUUCGAAGUUGCUCUCAUCUUAGAUGCGUUCGACGAAAUCAACGAGAAAUGUCGCAAGUGCGUGCUGGAUCUUAUACUGUUUGUGGCUAAGACCAAAGUGUACAAGAUAUACGUUUUUACUCGCACUGUGUUUCAACGCCAAGCACAAGAUAACUUCCACACGGUGUCAUACGAACUUGAUCCUUUUUCUGAUAACAACCAGGAUGACUUCCUCGCAAAAUAUAGGGGCGAAAGAGAAACUUCAGGCACCAGGAAUGAUGAAUUUUUGCGUAUGUUCCAACAAAUGUAUGACUCUUUGCAGAAGAAAAACAAAACAAUCCUAGGAACCCCUCUCCUACUUCGCAUGAUGGCUGAGAUGAAGAAUGGGGAAAUUGCAGAGUUUGACGAUUGCUCUUCGCUUCUUAAUACUGCUGGCAUUUCUGGUGACAGGAGUAUAUACGUUAUACACGUGUACAAGAUGUUUGCCGAAUACAAGCACCUUGUACACAGAAAAGAAAAAAUGAAGGAAAACAUCUCCCUAAGUGCUGUGCGAGGGGAGAACCAUGACGCGAAGUCUUCAUUCUACGCAAACCAUUGUCUCCUCGCUAUGAAGUGUAUAUUUCCUCAGUAUAUAUUGAAGGACUUAUUGAAUGAAGAGGAAUUAAGGAAGUUAGAUCCUGAUGGAAGAUUGAUCAAGGGCGCUGGUGACAGUUGUCUGAAAGAAGGUUUUGUGAAUGGAAUUAACGACGCAGGAAUUCCUGAGUUCGCUCACAAGACUUUCGCCGAAUUUUUCGUAGCUCACUAUCUCCUGGAGAAGGCAAAGAUAACAGAAUCGAGCUACUGGAAAAAAGUCCUAGAAUUGUAUCGUAAAGAAGACUACGAGGAUGUAAUGCAGUUGUUCGAUGGACUGGCGUCGGCGUCCUGUCCACUUCACUCUGCUGUGAUAAACAACGACGCUUCAUAUUUUAAGCAACAUGAUAUCCAAAGAGAGGACAUGUCGAAGAUGGAUGAGCUCGAAAGGACGCCAUUGCACGUAGCAGCCCUGCAUUCUGAUGAAGCAACAUUGAAGAGGCUUCCAAUGGACGAUGCACUAAUUCAGAAUGAUUUGUUUCAACUGUUACCGUUUGGGUACCCGGAGCUGAGCUGUCCAUGGGACGAGAAACGCGAUGGAGUGUGGAGGGACUGUUUGCGGACUGGGACUUCAGCUGUGAGAGAGAGACUCAACAUAUUGUACACUCGAUACAGUGAGCAAGCAGUGAAACAUUCUACCGAAAAUCUGCGCACAUGUGAAACCUUCGAGCAAAAAAGACUUUUUCUCGAGCGAGUUAUAUUCACAGCCGUGAUACACAAUCUACCAGGCGUUUUAGACGUGUAUCUGAGCUAUGUGUCCCCGAGAGAGAGUACAGUAGGUCUAGACAGAGACAUCCUGGACCAAUUAGAAUCACACAAGGAACGAAGCGUGAGAUGUUCUGCAGAGUCUUCGGUAAUUGGAAACCUGGAUAGUUUUACAGACAGCAGCAAUAGAACUGUUCUUUUUUACGCAGAGUCUGAGCUUGUUUGCGACAUGCUCCUUCCUUACUGCGAUAUGGGAAUUCUUGAUAAGCACGGAAACACAAUGUUGCACAUUAGCGCGGAAGAAGGAAAUCUGGAGACAACACAGAUUUACCUCGCACAUUUAUCCGUUAACAAUAGAAAUGGACGCUUUCAAACUCCUUUGCACUUGAGUAGAGAUGCAGAGAUUGUGAGGCUACUUCUUCCUCUUUAUUCCUCAGUGAAUGUUCUCGAUUCUUAUCAACAAACUCCGAUGGAUAUAUGUGCAGAGAGAGAUGAUUUGGAGGCCAUGAAGUUGUUACUCCUUCGCACUUGGACAUAUGACGCACAUCACAUCAGACUGAACACAACGCUUCAUGUGGCUUCUGACUAUCAAUCCUUUAAAGCUGUGACGUUCCUUCUACCUCACACAAAUGCGCACGUGCUUAACUGCAAAGGAGAAACGUGCUUAGACGUUGCUUGGACAAGUUGGAAAUAUCUGUCGAGUUCGGAGUCCAACGUUGUGAGAUGUCUCGUCCCACACUCGCUCGUGAACUCACCUGAAACGUUCGGCUCAUCACCGUUGUGUGUCUGGGGGGAAUGUGAUGGAAGGGAAGUGAUGCAAACUCUAUGGCCUUAUUUGCGACACAGUGACCCUAGGCAUGCACAGAGGAUCAGCAGAAGCUAUCUGUAUCUGUUUGUGGAUGUGAACAAGGAUUUCAAAGAAGAAAUUUGGUGUCUGAAACUUCUCUUCCUCCAUUUAGAUGACAUCGCUGGUGAUCCUUGUAGCCGUAAACUGCUACAUAAUGUGGCCAAGGACAAGCUACGUAAGAUAAAAGAAGAAAAUCUCAUUAAUUACAUGAAGCUGUUACUGCCGCAUUUAAAUCUCAGUGAGCAGGAUUAUGUAGGACGUGGAGUAAAAAAUGAGGACAUCGUUACCUUAUAUCGGGGAUGGUCGCACAUGAAUAACACCGAUGAUCCCCACAUUGACGAUGUCGACACGGAAAUGGUCGAUGACGAUGGCAGUAUGAAGUUGCUCAUAGAAGCAGAGGAAGGUAAUGUGGAAGCUGUGGAACUUCACCUCUCCCAUUCAUCCGUGUGCAUUACAGAUGAAAAAGAGAACACUGCAUUGCACUUGAGCGCGAGGGAGGGACACACAAAUGUGGUGAAGCUUCUCAUUCCUCUUUAUACAUCAGUGGACGUGAUCAAUGUGUAUCGAGAAACGCCCAUGCAUGUCUGUGCCUUAUAUGGACACCUGAACGUUGUAAAGUUAUUAUUACUCCGCUCUAGAAUGAGUUCCCGUGACAAGCUUGGAAGGACAUCUCUUCACUUUGCCUGUGAAAGUGGUGCCGUUGAUAUCGUGAACUUCCUUCUUCCCCACUCGUUCCCUAAUAUGCGCGACAUAUUCGGUUCCACGUGCUGCGCUCUUUCCGCUGAAAGAAGGAGAAUGAAUGUUCUGAGAUGCCUCAUCCCUCACUCUCUUAUGAACUGUCCUAAUGGGAUUGGUUAUUCACCUACGCAAAUCUGUGCAAGUCAUUAUAUUAGAGAAGAGCUGGUGACGUUAUUGCCAUAUUCUUGUGAUUAUGACGCAGCGAGUUUAUUGACUAUUCUCCCGCUGUCAUUUCGUAUGCGCGAUAUGAGUAUGAAAGCUACGUCUUGUCUGAAACUGAUGGUACUCCACUCAGAUGUCAAGGCAGUAGAUAAGUGGUUCUGUGCAACACUCAGCCGCAUUCGAGAGUAUUAUGGAAAGAGUGAUUCAUUCUGGCGUCCAACAAAGACUGAGAUAUCACUACGCCUGAAAUAUGUUCCUCUCUUGCUUCCUCAUACAAAUGUUUCUGCUAAGGAUUAUGAAGGCAAGAAACUAUUACAAGGAGCCCUCCGAAGUAGGAAAUAUCCCAAAUUAGUUAGCUUCCUUCAGAAAUGGACUCGCUUGAGUGACUUUCAUUCAUGAUGCUGACGAUUGUUGGCAACGGUUGUGGUUAAGCACCAAGUGGCACCGAGCUGUCAAUGGACACGAGCUCUGAAGACGAUAUGGAAGUUUUAAUAGAGGUAUCAACAGCAGUAUACUGAGUCCUUGCCUUCAUCCGAGAAAGCACAAAUAUUCAUCCAGUGUCAAAAUGAAAGAAAAAAAGAUCACUUUUCUGAUUUUUUGUGAUUGUGAUUAUGACUAACGCAUUUUGUUUCUUAUUCCUUAUGUUACAAAGUACCGUUCCGUAGUAGGUUCUAAGGUGAUUUGAAAAUGUGUAAAAAAUGUGUCUAUUCCUAAUGUGCUAGUAAUAUGGUUAGCUAUGAUAUGCCACAGUAUUAGAAUACGGCUGCGUGCGAUUAUGUUUGGUGUCAAAUGUAUAUACCCAAAUGUCAAAUGUAAAUGAACAAAAGUGUUUUUCGCACAUUGGAGAAGGUUUAAUUCAAAUUAUUUUGGAACUCGCGCUCACUUCGCUGCAGAGUUGUGUAAAGUAAAUAUUGUCGAGCGAAACACAUGUGCGAUACAGCCGUACUUUUAUUACGACCUAAUAAAUGUAAGGGUUCCAAAUUGCUUUUCCAGUUAUCGUUACAGAUUACGGAACAUAUUACUUUGAAGUAAUCAAGGUUCGUGUAAAGGAACCUCGACUGACUCAAAUAUGCCUGUUACAAAUUGGAUUUGUGUACGUGCGAUUAAAUGAUGAUUAAAUGCA